CGUAACUGUAAGCGUGUAAUUAAAGAUCAAGCGGUCGUAGAACAUCGCUGCGUUGUUUUGAUUAAAGGUUUUAUUUUUUAACACGAAUAAUUUUAUACUACUGUAAAGUAGUACUGCAUCACGAUGGCUACUUCGAAGUAUGGCUGCACCGUACGGCAUGAUGCCGGUGAAUCCACCGGCAACCAACCUGCAUAACAGGGCAUCGGUGCUAACCUUCGGUAUCCUCCAGUUGAUAUUUGGCGUCGCCAUGAUCAUCAGCGACAUUGUCUCGUUCUGCAUUGUUCCACCCUAUCGAGCGAUCGUAUAUAACGGUGCUGGUUCGGGAUUCUACCUGGGUGUCUUCUACAUCAUCGCCGCCUCCUUCGGGAUCGCCGCUGGACGAUACUUGCCGGUUGGCACGCUACCAAGCUCGCGAAAAUGUCUGCUAAUCACCUCCAUGGUACUGAGCAUCCUGGCGUCGCUGUGGGCCAUCAGCAUGGCGAUCGUUUAUAUGGUCUUCCUAAUUAUUUUCAACGCUGGCGGUUUCGAUUUCAACUGGUGCUAUCAUCGCCCGUACGGCUCCGAAGGCUAUUACCAGGAUGCCUAUCUGUGCUACAAUUAUUGGUCGAAAGGCUACGGAUUCCUGAGUGCCAACCUGACCUUUCAGGCGCUCAUGUUCAUCUUCAGCCUGGGACAGUCUAUUUCGGCCGGUAUCAAUAUGUGCAAGUUGCGUUGUAAUGCCACCGUCACACAAGUGGUCUUCACGCAGCCGGGGUAUUAUCCUGCAACACAACCGAUUACGUUUAAUUCACUUCCGGUCGUGCCGGGACAACAACCGGCGUACGUUAUUGCUGGCCAGCAGCCGGUUUUCAUGGGUCCACCGCCUAUGUAUAGCGCCGCUGCUCAACCAGCACCUACGAGUGCCGAACAAGCACCAUCUCAAAAAGCUUAAAAACGGGAUGGCUUGAUAUAGCUAUAAAUAAUUAGUUUUACUGGAGUAUAUGAUGCAAAUUGUAAUUCAUAUACAGUACAUACUACAUAGUUAUAUUUUGUAGCCAAUCGGUCUAGUAAUGUGGUUCUCACUUUUGAAUUAUUUCAUAAUUACUACUAUAUCUGUUUACGGAUUGCUUCUGAAGCGCUACAGAUGUUGAAGAAAAUCACAUGAUCAGCUUUUUCGCACAUGAUAUGCUACGGGAUCCUUCUGUUGUACAGUAGUACAUUAGACAUUACAUAAAAUAAUUGCUGAUAGCUUUACGCAGCCGACAUUUUAUCCUUGUUGCUGCAAGCCGUUUUUUCUGAGUCGAAUAAAAA